GGCUGCUCGGGGCGCGUGGGGCUGCGAGGGGCUCUCGAGGCUGCAUAGGGCUGCGUGGUGUUGCACGCGCCGAUCCGCUUUCCUUCCGUGACCCUCUUUGCAGCCUUCGCCGCCUCCUCCCCGCCCCGCCGAGACUCGGCGCCAGCAGACCUAUCUCCGGCCACCACCUGGGGAUCCAGAGGGAAGCCGGCAGCUGACUUCAGGGUGCAUGAGCUGUGGGGUUGCUUCCUGAUUAAAGCUCACAUCCUCUGUUAACACCACCAAGGCAUCAGAAAAAGCAUCUUUAUCAUUCACGGGGUUCAAAGGCCUCCCACUGACUCUGCGCUGUCCUCCUGAGAAGACAUGGGCACCCCCGCAGACAGAACAGGACCCCCUCAGUUUUGCAGGUUGUCCUUGCUGGAAGGAACCAUGAGUUGCCAUUUUCCGCUCUUCCUCUUGGCCACAGUGACUUUGCCCCCAGUCUACUCUGAACUCAGUCCGCUGUUUCUCGAGGAGCUCGGCUCCAACUUGGGAAUCCAGGUUUUCAAUCAGAUCGUCAAGUCCCGACCUCAUGAAAACGUCGUCGUUUCCCCCCAUGGGAUUGCAUCGAUCCUUGGGAUGCUUCAACUGGGGGCCGACGGCAAGACGAAGAAGCAGCUCACCGCGGUGAUGCGAUAUAGCGUGAAGAGAGCUGGCAAACUGUUAAAGAAGAUCAACAAGUCCAUCGUCUCCAAGAAGAAUAAAGAUAUUGUGACCGUGGCUAACGCAAUGUUUGUUGAGAAUGGCUUUAAAACGGAAGUGCCUUUUGUGACGAAGAACGAAGAUGUGUUUCAAUGUCAAGUCCAGAAUGUGAACUUUGAGGAUCCAGACUCCGCCUGUGACUUAAUCAACGUGUGGGUGAAAAAUGAGACCAGCGGUAUGAUCGAUGAUAUCCUCUCCCCUGAUCACAUCCGUGGCCAACUCACCAGGCUGGUCCUCGUCAAUGCCAUCUAUUUUAAGGGUUUAUGGAAAUCACGGUUUCAACCUGAGAAUACAAAGAAACGGCUGUUUGUGGCCUCUAAUGGGACAUCCUAUCCAGUGGCGAUGCUAGCCCAGCUUUCUGUGUUCCUGUGUGGGUCCACAAGCACUCCCAAUGGCCUGUGGUACAACUUCAUUGAGCUGCCCUACCAUGGGGACAGCAUCAGCAUGUUCAUUGCACUGCCGACCGAGAGCUCCACACCCCUGUCGGCCAUCAUCCCCUACAUCAACACCAAGACCAUAGACAGUUGGAUGAGCAUCAUGGUGACCAAGAGGGUACAGGUGGUCCUGCCCAAGUUUACAGCUGUAGCAGAAACAGAUUUGAAGGACCCGCUGAAAGCUUUUGGCAUUACCGAGAUGUUUGAUCCAUUAAAAGCAAAUUUUUCAAAAAUAACAAGGUCAGAAAACCUUCAUGUUUCUCACAUCUUGCAAAAAGCAAAAAUUGAAGUCAGUGAAGAUGGAACCAAAGCUUCAGCAGCAACAAGUGCCAUUCUGAUCGCAAGGUCGUCGCCGCCUUGGUUUAUAGUAGAUAGGCCUUUUCUGUUUUUCAUCCGACAUAGUCCUACAGGUGCUAUCUUAUUCAUGGGGCAGAUAAACAAACCCUGAAGAGUGUAAGAAAAAAACCAUACAAAGCAAAUACUACUUUGCUUUGAAGAAAAGACUCCUUUCCUACAUCUUUCAUAGUUCUGUUAAAUAUUUUUGUACAUUGCUUCGUUUUUCAAAACUAGUUCUUAGGAACAGAGACUGGGUGACAGAGACAUUUCUGUUCUGAAAUAUGUUUUAAAAGGAAAGAAGGCCAGGAUGGCUGGAACACUGUACUGAGAAAUGAAUAGAAAGGCUUCACAAUGUCUCAAAGAUUCUUUAAACUACUGAACGAUUUCGUAGGUUAACAGCCCUCUUGAAUAUUGACUGUCCAGUUCAGGAUUUUUGUUUUGUUUUGUUUUUAUGUGUGGCUUUUCAGAAGAAAUUUAAUCAGUGUGACGGGGUGGGGGGAAAGGACAUUUUAUGGUAGCAUUGACUUUUUUAUGGAAAAUUAUUUACUUUUUUAAUUUUUUUUUUUUAUCCCAUCCGAAGUCUUGAUGGUAAACAUUAUUUUGAGGGUAGAAAUCGCUAAAUCUCUCACCUCUUUGUGUGUUUUUGUUGUCAUUGUUGUUGUUUUAUAUUUGCAUAUAUUCACUAAAAGUUUAAAACACUAAUGUCUUGCUAGACAAGGUUUGCUGUUGUACACGGUGCUGUCACUAGUCUGUCCUCUUCGGAUUUGCUUUUUUGUAUUUUGUACAAAGUAAAAAAUAAAGCAUUUGUGAGUAGCAAAAAAAAAAAAAAAAAAA